UAAAAUUUGUCAAAAGAAAAUAUAAAAAAUUUUCAUGUAAUUUUCCAAUUUUUUUCCCUGAAAUCUCUUUUUGAAAAGAAAAUCCAUGAUAUCAACAUAAAAAGUACUCAAUUCGUAUUUAUUUUGCAUUUUCCACGUCGCAAAACUUGCAGACGUUGAAUAAAUUUGUAUUUUGUUCAAAAAAGUUUCUUUGUUUUUGAAAGGUAAUUAAUCCAGUGGUUAUAAAUAUAAUUAUCACAGAAAAAUGGACGGAAAUAAAGACGAAGCAAAUCGUUGCAUUGAUAUCGCAAUUACAGCUCUUACCGAGGGAAAGAUUGAAAAAGCUGAAAAGUUUUUAAAUAAAGCCGAAAAAUUAUAUCCCUCUCAAAGGGCUAAGGAUUUUCUUGCAAAAGUUAAAAGCUUCCCAACUCAACAAGGCAGAAAGAACUCUUCUCCUGAUGCACAAGGAGAAGGUGUUCGCAAGCGCAAACUUUCCGAUUCUAAGCCAUCGGAGCCAGAAUAUUCGAAUGACCAGUUGGAAGCUGUAAAAAAAAUCAAAAAAUGUAAAGACUAUUAUCAAGUCUUGGGAGUAACCAAAGAAGCAACAGAUUCAGAAAUCAAAAAAGCCUAUAAAAAACUUGCCCUGCAAUUGCAUCCCGAUAAGAAUAAGGCUCCUGGAGCUGUAGAAGCAUUUAAAGCCGUUGGUAAUGCAGCGGCCGUCUUAACCGACGUCGAAAAACGUAAAGCUUACGAUUUGCAUGGUAUCAAUGAACCAUUUAAUCCACAUGGAGGUGGUGGAAACACUUCAACCGGUGGCAUGGGUCGAACAUACUACGCAAAUGAUUUCGCCUACUCACGUAAUUUCCAAGGUGAUGUUACAGCUGAGGAAUUGUUUAAUAUGUUCUUUGGUGGGGGAAUUCCCCAACAGAAUAUGUACAGGCAAAGACGUCAGCGGGCUGAAACGCAGAGGGGCGAAAGAGAAAAUCAAUCUAGCUCCUCAGCGUUGAUCAAUCUUCUACCAAUUUUGCUUUUAAUUGGUCUUAGCAUGAUGUCAUCAUUUUUCAUAUCUGAUCCGAUUUAUAGUCUCCAGCAAUCACACAAAUAUUCUGUAAAACGUGAAACAAAUGCCUUAAAAAUUGCUUACUAUGUAAAAGACAACUUCUAUUCAGAAUAUCAAGGUUCUGUUGGACGAUUAGAAGCAUCAGUUGAAGAAGAAUUUUUAAAUCAUUUAAAACAUUCAUGUAGUAGAGAAAGAAAUUAUCGAGACGGAAUUUUAUCGAAAGCAAGAGCAUUUGGUGAUCGUGACUUAUUUAGAAAAGCUCAAAGCAUUAAUACACCAUCAUGUGAAAAUUUACAAAAAUAUCUAAAUGCGUAGCUUGAUUAAAAAAAAAACAUUCGAGGGUUUUUGCAAAUGUUUUGAAUAAAAUAUAAGAAAUAUAUAAUAACAAUGAAAAAAAAAACUUAAAUCUUAGAAAAAUUAUAGAAAAUGAAACAACAACAACUAAAAAAGAAGUUAUAUAUUUUUAAUCCUUAUAAUCGCAUAUCUUGACGUGUCUUUUAUUCAAAAUGUUAAAUUUUAAAAGGAAAUGGUUAUAAAGUUGAGCUAAAUAGAAUCAAUUGUAGAUAUAAAAAGAAACCAUGGCAGAAGUAAUCUAUACAAUUGCUUUUGCUUUGGGUUAUAAGACAACAAGCAACGGAAGACAUUUUACUACUUUGGUCUUAUUUCAAUACUGAAAUUUAGUCCUAUUUUUCAGUUCUAUAACUAUGGAAAAGUCUUAAUAUUAUCACCAAAAACUGCCACCAAAUCCGUUAAUAAUUCCAAAUUGUAAUUGAUACGAAAUAUUUGGUGAUAAUCUUCUUUCGGGUUUCAUAAGAGUUUCCAAUUGUGGGGAAUUCGUGAUAAAUCGUUGCCUGAAAAUAGAUUGAAUCGUCUUUCGGUCAAGUGUUCAAUUAGAAGGACGUUUUAUACAAAUUUGAAAGAUAUAACGAGAACUUCAACAAUUUAAAGAAGAAGAAUUAAUCUAUAAAUAUUUCAUCUCAAACCUUAGCUUCUUGGGAAACCGACUUCUUAAAUCAACUUAAGAACCUGUGACCAAAUUUCUCUAUAAACCGACCUGUUAAUGCCCAGUUUCCGCUCAACUUUAUGACCAACCCUUUUCCUCUUAUGUUUGCUUGCUAUAAUUCUAUUAUUUUUUUUCCAUUAAAAGGCACUGCGCUAUUUAUUUUUUCGGGGGGAUUGCAAAGUGGAA